AUGGAGCUGCCAGGAAUGCAGCUGUCGGCGGUAGGACAAUACCGACCGGGAGAAGACUUCGAAAAAUGGCUACGGAAUGUGGAGCGUUACCUGAUCGCGGCCAAUGUCAGAGAAACGGAGCGGAAAUGCGCGCUGCUACAGUACCUCGUGGGGCCCGAUAUAGCGGACCUCAGCGAGGCCCUGCCCGAGCCGGCGGGGGAGGGAAAUGAGUUCGAGAAGUUGAAGGAAAAGUUGACUACGUACCUGGCCCCAGUCCGGAACACUGUGACGGAGAGAGCCGAGUUCCAUCAAAUGACAAUGCGAACGGACGAAGAUUUCGAGCAGUUCCUCGGGCGGCUGCGCGUCCAAGCGCUGCGCUGCGGCUACACGGCUGCAGAAACGGACCGUGAACUACGAGACCGGUGUGUAGUCGGCAGCAGCCCAGGACUGCGGGAAAAGCUCCUCCAAGAGACGGCGAGCAGGGGAGAGGAGCUCACUCUGGAAAACGUUCGCCGAGCCGCACGGGCCUACAGAGACAUGCGGCAGCUGUGCGCCCAGGUGGGAGGAGGCCAGUCGGCGCCGGCAGUUACGGCGCCCGGCAGUGUGGAGCCGAUGGUGAACGCUGUGGCAAUGGCGGGCAGGUCAGCCCAGCCUCGACGAGGACAGUGCUUUAACUGCGGGUCGCAGCAGCACUGGAAGAGAGACUGCCCGACUCUCCAGCGGGGGCGCGGCGGUGGUGGCAGGAGCAGCACGCACCAGCACGCGGGCAGCAGUCCUCGCCAGCUCGCAGACGGGGACGGCCCGCCGCCCGGAGAGUACCGGCGGAACCAGGCCGCAUCUCAGUCGGGACGUCGGGGCCGAGCCAGUCAACCACGGCAGGACCAGAGUACACGCCAGACGGCGAUCCGGCGCUGCUACCGGUGUGGCUCCCACACUCACCUGCAGCGGAGGUGCCCGGAGCGCGCUGUGGAUCACCUGACAGAAGACGGCGGACGGUGGCUGGAGGACAACCAACUGGAGAGCGGUGUCCUGAAGAUUGACAUGCGGGGUGAAAGAGCGGACCUUCCUCUCGUCUCAGUACGGAUAAACGGGCGAGAAAUCAGGAUGCUAGUCGACACCGGCUCACCAGUGACGAUUGUCGGCAGGGACACAAAGAUACCGGGAAUGUGCGUGCGAGCGUCAGACCUGAGACUGCAGACAUUCACGGGACAACUGGUGCCUCUCCGUGGAGAAACGACCGUGCAAGUCGAGCACGCAGGUCAGACUCGGUCCCUGCGCCUGGUCAUCUGUGACCGGCCGGAAACGACACCGCUGCUGGGACGUGACUGGCUCCGCCAGCUGCAGUUGGACUGGCGAGCGGUACACAUGGUCAGCGGUCCCUCGGAGGCAGAUCCGAGACUGACGCCGGAGACCGUCAUCAGGAAGCACGAGUCAGUGUUCGCGGACGGUGUGGGCAAAAUGACUGUGAAGGCCCACCUGGCACUGAAGCCCGGCGCUCGCCCAGUGUACAAGAAGGCUAGGCCGGUGCCGUACGCGCUCCUACCCCUGGUCGACAGAGAGCUGGAGCGCUGGGUUCGCGAGGGAAUCGCGGAGAAGACCGACUCGGAGCAGGCGCCCACCGGCUGGGGAACGCCGCUGGUGCCGGUGCUGAAGCCGACCGGUCAGGUCAGACUGUGCGCCAACUACAGUCUAACUGUGAACCCGCAGCUCAUGGUGACGCCGUACCCGCUCCCGGCGCCGGAGGACCUGUUCGCGAACAUCAAGGGCCGAGUGUUCGCCAAACUGGACAUCCGUCGGGCGUACGAACACAUGGAGCUGGACCAGGAGUCACGUGACCUCACCACCGUGACGACACACCGCGGAUCGUUCAGAAUGAUUCGAAUGCCGUACGGAAUCGCUAACUGCGGUUUCCUGUUCCAGCAGGCUAUGGACAAGAUCCUGGAGGGACUGGACGGCUGCGUGUGCUACAUGGACGACUGCUUGAUCGCAGCCGACAGCGAACAGGAGCUGCUGAGGCGCCUGGAUCGGGCGCUGGAUCGAAUGGAACGCAACGGGCUGAGACUGGAGCGGUCCAAGUGCGUGUUCCUGGCCAGGGAAGUAUCGUUCCUGGGGUGGAGGAUCACUGCAGACAGCAUCAGACCGGAGGAGGACGGCACAACGGCGCUCCUGGACGCGCCGGAGCCGCGAGACGUACAGCAGCUCCGAUCCCUACUGGGAUCGGUGAACUACUACAGCCGCCUCCUGCCGGGGCUCGCCACGACGCUCGCGCCUCUGUACGCUCUGCUCAAGCGCGGCACACCGUGGCGGUGGACGCCGCAGUGCUCCGCUGCGGUCGCUACAGUGAAGCGGCUGCUGGCCAGCGGGCGCGUGCUGGUUAGGUACGACCCCAGCCUGCCGCUGAAGCUGGUCACGGACGCCAGCUCCACGGGGGUCGGCGCGACCCUUCUGCAUCAGAUGUCCGACGGCACGGAGCGACCAAUCAUGUUUGCGUCGAGGACGCUGACACCGACUGAGAGGCGCUACGCAGAGGUUGAGAAGGAAGCGACCGGUGUGCAGUAUGGACUCAGACGGUUCCAUCGAUUCCUGUUCGGGAGGAGAUUCACACUCACCGUGGACAACAGGGCUCUGUCACGGAUACUCAGCCCCGAGCGCGACCUGCCCGGCCUCUCAGCGGCACGUCUUCAGAGGAUCGCCAUGGAGUUGGCGGCGUACCAGUAUGACGUGGAACUGCGCAAAACGGCAGACAUGGCUCUCGCUGACAGUCUGUCUCGGAUGGCGCUGCCGGAUAGUGAGCAGGAGCAGACGGCAGCAGAGGCGGACACCAGCGGCCUGGACUGCCACCUGAUGUUCAUGGACGGUGCGGGCCCGCCGCUGACGGCCCGCGAGCUCGAAAUCGGCACCCGACGUGACCCACUGCUGGCCAGGGUACUGUCGCAUGUCCGACACGGAUGGCCAUCAGUGACGGAGCCGGAGCUGGCCCCCUACAGACAGCGCGAGACGGAGCUGUCCACCGACCGGGGCGUGCUCCUCUGGGGCGGACGGGCGGUGAUACCCCAGAGACUCAGAGAGCGGGUGCUACAGGAGCUACACACUGGACACCUUGGUGGGUCCAAAAUGAAACAGCUGGCGAGGCGGUACCUGUGGUGGCCCGGUCUCGAUGCCGACCUGGAGGCCAUGGCACGGGGCUGCCACUCAUGCGCUGAGAAGCGCGGCGCUCCACCCCGAGCGACACUCCACCCGUGGGAGCCCACGUCAGGGCCGUGGCAGCGAAUCCAUGUCGAUUUCGCGGGGCCGGUGGAAAACAAGUACCUGAUGGUGGUGUGCGAUAGUCACACCAAGUGGGUGGAGGCCAUCAUCAUGACAACGACGUCCGCCGGGCGGACCGUUGAGGAGCUCAGGGAGCUGUUUGCGCGAUUCGGAAUCCCAGACCAAGUCGUAACCGAUAACGGACCUCAGUUCACGUCGACGGAGUUUGGGAUCUUCCUCUCCAACAACGGCGUUCGGCAGAUCCGCACGGCGCCGUACCACCCAGCCAGUAACGGCGCGGCCGAGCGAGCUGUCGGUGUGUUGAAGAGCGGGCUCCGAGCGACCGCACGGGACGGCGGCUCGCUGCAUCAACGUGUGCAGAAGGUGCUGAUCGCGUACCGGACAGCUCCACACGCGGUCACAGGUCGGCCGCCGGCGGAGGUAAUGUUCGGACGCCCGAUCCGCACCAGGCUGGACCGUCUGCACCCCAGCAUCAUUCGUGACGUAACGGACAGCCAGCAGGACCAGAGAGAAGCGGCCGGGGGACGCCCGCGCGAAUUUCAGGUCGGUCAGGCCGUGUGGGCGCGGACGUAUGCUGGACCUCAGCGCUGGCGACACGGCCAGGUGAUCGGCGUCACGGGCCCCGUAUCGUAUCAGGUGGACGUCGGUGGGGCCGUGUGGGCGCGCCACGCCGACCAGCUGCUCCCCACCGCCGGCCGAGCACAGCAGCAGACGACAGAACCGACUGCCGGCCGAGCGGAGCAGCAGGAGACAGAACCGGCAGCAGCACAGCAACAGCACCAGUAUCAGCUCCCGGCGAAUCCUGCAGCACCGUCGCGAGAGCGCCAGCACCCACGCGGUGGGGGCUCCCUCCGAGACGGCGAGAGAGGAGAGGGAGGACAGGAAGAGAGAGCAGAGGAGGAGAGAGCGAACGAGCAAGAGCACGAGGCGGGGGACGGAGCGGCUCAAAACGAGCGGCCUGAGCCGACCGAGCCACUGCGCCGGUCAAAACGGACAAUAAACGUGCCGGUCAGAUAUCGGUAG